CCGUGAACUGGAGCGCUGAUCAGCCGUGCUUUUCACAUACUUCAGCAAAACAUCUUCGGCUGUAUUUUUGAUCGAAACAACAUUAUUUACAGUCAAAAUGCUAACUAGAAAUUUAGUUUCUAGGGCUGUUCUACUGCGUUCUCUAAAAAAUGCAGCUGACAACGUAAAGCAAACUAAAAGGAACGCAGGCCAUGGAGUAUGGUCGUACCGAGUGCCACCUCCUAUGCCGUCGAAGAAGGCGAUUUACUUAGCUCAAGGCAUUGGAGGUCUCUGUUGGUGGUGGAUCUUGUACCAUUGUCUUUCCGAACCGGAUCACAUUUUUGGUGAAUUCACGUAUAUUGACCCAAGCACCUUUACUGAUGCCGAGCUGGGUGUACCUCCUGACUCUGCUGGAUCAUUGAGGAACCUUAAAAAAGAAUAAUAAAAUAAUUGUACAAGUAGAUUCCUUUAAUUUAUGUUGAUGUUAAAUAAAAAUUAUUGAAUAUCUGUUAGUCUUA